CAGUCCAAACAUGAACAAUAACAAUCCGAACAUAAUUUUUAAUCCCCUGAUAAGUGCUAUUCAAAAAGUAGUACUAUAUGAAACACGAACGCGUUUGUAUUUGGUGGGCAGUAACAAUCGAGAGACCCGUUUUCGUCUGCUGACCAUUGAUAGGACACAACAUGAUCGCCUGGUCAUUGAUGAAAAUCCCAAUGAGUAUAAUGCUUUGGAAAUACGUCGUUUCGUGGGAUCGCUGGGUGGACAACCCAAGGUUACAUCGGCCUAUGGGGUGUUGGGUUUUGUUCGUUUCCUGGAGGGAUAUUAUUUGAUUUUGGUAACAAAGCGGAAAUCAUGUGCCCAUUUGGGUAUGCAUUUAAUAUACACGAUAAAGGAUACGGUAAUGGUUAAGGUGAAUGAACCAUCGAACACAUUGAAAACGCCACAUCCCUAUGAGGAACGUUAUAAGAAAAUGUUUCAGAAUAUUGAUUUGCGUAGUAAUUUCUACUUUUCGUAUUCGUAUGAUUUAACAAGAACACUGCAAUAUAAUCUGUCGGCUCCACGUUAUGUUGGUCCAAAUGUGGAUAUUGAAGUUGAUGAACCAUUACCCGAAUGGGAUUCGUUGACGAAUAAUGUGGAAAAGGACAAUGAGCGGGUGGAUUAUGCCUAUCGUAGUUGUUCACGUAAACGUUUCGUAUGGAAUGCUUUCCUGCUGGAGCCGAUGAAGGGAAUUAUGCUGAGAGAUUGGUUAUUGGAAGUCACACAUGGCUAUAUAAGUCAAUCCUGCAUUAGUAUAUAUGGCAGAAGGGUAUAUGUGUGUUUGAUUGCAAGGAGAAGUACACGAUAUGCUGGUACACGUUUCUUGAAACGCGGUGCUAAUUUUCGUGGAGAUGUGGCAAAUGAAGUGGAAACGGAACAAAUUGUAAGUGACGGACACAAUAUGUGUUCCUUUACCCAGAUGAGAGGAUCUGUGCCAUCGCACUGGUCACAGGAUAUUAGUAAAAUGGUACCAAAACCACCAAUACAAUUGGAUAUUUCCGAUCCUUAUGCCCAAACACCGGCCAGACAUUUUGAACGUUUGCUGUUCCACUAUGGAUCACCCUUGAUAAUGCUGAACUUGGUCAAGAAACGUGAGAAACGUCAACAUGAAAACAUCAUUGCAAAGGAAUUGGUGAAUUCCAUACGUUAUCUGAAUCAAUUUCUGCCACCACAACAUCGUAUGAAAUACAUCCCAUUCGAUAUGGCACGAAAAAGUCGUGGUGGUGGUAAUGUAAUGGAAAUGUUAGCUGAUAUUGCGGAAUUUGUUGUCCAACAGAAUGGUAUGUUCUUCAAGGCCCGGGGCCAGCCGUUAACAUUUCAAACGGGUAUUGUACGUACCAAUUGUGUUGAUUGUUUGGAUCGCACAAAUACCGCGCAAUUUGCUAUUGGGAAAUGUGCUUUGGGUCAUCAGUUGGAACGUUUGGGUUUCAUUAAAUCUCCAAAUUUGGAAUUUGACUCGGUUUGUGUAACAAUGUUGGAAAAUCUCUAUGAAGAACAUGGAGACACGUUGGCAUUACAAUAUGGUGGAUCCCAAUUGGUACAUCGCAUUAAGACAUAUCGUAAGACGGCAGCAUGGGCUUCACAGGGUAAUGAUAUAAUGCAGACACUGAGUCGUUACUACAGUAAUACUUUCAAUGACACCGAAAAGCAGCAUAGCAUCAAUUUGUUUUUGGGUUAUUAUAUCCCAAGUAAAAGUCAUUCAAAACAAAACCAACCCAUUUGGGAGUUGCAAAGUGAUUAUUAUAUGCACAAUGCCUACAGGCCAUUGUCGCCCCGACAUGAAACUCGUCUCAUUACCGAUUGGGUACGAAUGAAAAUACGCAAAUGUUUACCAUAUUCCUGUUCCGAUUCCAAUCGUAUUGUUAAGGAACUAUUUCGUGUUCACACCAGAGACUUGGAAAUGAUAGAUGGUUAUUCGAACUUUUAUCAAUCAUUUAAAUGGACCGAAUUAAGUGAACACAUCUCCUUUGAAAUAAGUCAAGUUGCCAUACGACAUUUACCAACAUUUCGUACAAAUUAUUCACCAUUCCAAAAACAAGUGCAGGAACGUAAGAAACCCAAAAAUCCAUCUCUUACCGGACAAAGUUCCACCAGUUCAACGACUAGCAAUGAUUCGAGUUCAUCCUCCGAAGCAGAUGAUACCUCAACCGAUGAAGAAUUCAGUGCCAGUCUAUCGCUCAAAGAACAAAAUCAAAAACAAAUUAAAGAAAUUGAACCAUCCAUAACACUGGAAU